GUGCUGGUUGUGAUUGCACACAUACGUGCACACACACACACCACACACACACACGUUCUCACACAGCGGAGCGAAGCUGAGAGGCAGGGACUGCAGCAGUAUGCACCAGCCGCGUCUGAUCUGUGUGGAGACUUGAGGAAGGAGAACUGGGAAGAGGAUAUAAUGUAGCAGUGUCUUACACAACCCAACCCCUGUGUGUACAGUAGCUACAUCUCUACUCUGCAGCAGUGGCAACGGUGCAUUUCAAGAGCGGACAGCUUAUGUUAUCUGCCCCCCUCUGACUGCACUGCCUCUGCAUCCAUCUCCAUUCACUCUGCUCCUCCUAUUCCACCUCUUCAUCCUCCUCUUCCUCCUCCCGACUACGGCAACAUUAGGCAGGACCACGGACCGUACGAGAUCGCCAACGCUGAUCGCUGGACCCUCAUGUUUGUCCUGUCUGAUGGAGUCGUGCUGGUUAUGCUAGAUCAUCAUCACCUUCAUUAAUGACUGGAUUCUAAUCGAGCUCAGGAGACAAGGAGAGAAAAACCAUCCCCCAAAAACGAAAAAGGAGUGUUGGAUGUUUGUGAACGCUCUUUGUCGGCGCUGUUGGGUCAUUGGCUCUUUUCCUGUAUUUGCUUGGUUGUUUUUGCCUUCUCUGAGAUCGGCUAGCAGGCACUGCAGCACCAGGAAGGACUGCAGGAGCCGUGAAGUAGUAUGGCAUGAGGACCCAGGGGCGAGUGAAUUGGAAGGGCUUGAGCUACCAUUACUGCCACUGCUGCUGCUGAGGUGCUUAUCUUAAUUUUUUUUUCUCCAGAAAGGGCGUCUGGUGGGGGUUGGGUUGGGGUGGGUUGUGACAGUGAAGGUACCCGGGACCCUGCAGAGUGGAGUGGGUGUCUCUGGCGUAGAGGAGCCACACAGAUAGGCAGGACGUCCUGUGGGAAAGGAGGAGAGAAGAGAGGAAGAGGGGCUGGCUCAGGCUCAGGCCCCUGAUGGUGGCUAUUUUUUUUCUCCCCUAGCUGAGUGAUUAGGGACAGCGGGUAAAGGAAAAGAUGCUUAUGGGUGCAGGACGAGACACGGCGCGGGAUGAGGCCCAGAAGCUUCACAGGAAGUGGCUGAAGCACCAGGCCUUCAUGGCCGAGCUGGCCCGCAACAAAGAAUGGCUGGCCAAGAUAGAGCAGGAGGGCCAGGAGCUGAUCGAUGAGAAGCCGGAGCUGCGUUCAGUGGUGCAGCAGAAGCUGGAGGAGAUCAGGGAGUGCUGGACUGACCUGGAGAGCACCACCAAGGCCAAGGCCCGGGCUCUGUUUGAGAACAACAAGCCAGAGCCGGUGGUGAAGAGCUAUUCAGACCUGGACCACCAGCUCUCUGGCCUGGAGAAACAGCCCCCUCAGCUGGAGCAGGCUCAUCACCUACCCACCUUCAACGAGCAGCUGCAUAAAUUUCAGUCUCAGAUGGGGAACUUGUACAAGGACGUAGGGGAACUAGGGUCCCUCCAGGGGGUGUGCCUCCCCCAGCGAGGCAGCCUGGUGAAGGGUGGGGAGGGAGAAGGGGGCGAGCAGCCAGCCGUAGUGGAGACCCGCAUCGUGCGCCUCAUUGAGCCCCUGAAGGAGAGACGUCGCAUCCUGCUGGCUUCCAAAGAGAUGCACCAGGUCGCUCAGGACCUAGAGGAAGAGAUACUGUGGAUCCAGGAGCGGCUUCCUCUGGCCUCCUCUAAGGAUUACGGCAACAACCUGCAGAGUGUUCAGCAGCAUGUCAAGAUCAACCAGACACUGCAGAGGGAUCUGCAGGGGCGCCAAGCGCGGGUGGAGGAGGUGUUGGAUCGGGCGGGGAUCAUCGCCUCUCUGCGGACCCCCGAGGUUGACUUUGUGCGUGAGGGGGCGGGGCAUGUGCGUCAGGUGUGGGAGGUGCUGAGGCUGGAGGCGGAGAGGAGGUCUGUGAUGCUGGAUGUGGUGCUGCAAGCCCAGCAGUACUACAGCGAGGCAGCCAAGGUGGAGUCCUGGCUGGCAGGCCAGAAACUGCACCUCAUCAAUGAGGAGAAGGGCACGGACGAGGAGAGCACCCUGCAGCUGCUGAAGGAGCACCUGGCCUUGGAGGCGACGGUGGAGAACUACGCUGAGACAGUGGGCAUGCUCUCCCAGCAGUGUCAGCGACAGCUGGAGCUGGGGCACCCAGACAGUGAGGGGAUCACCAAGCAGCAGUCCCACAUAGACCGUCUGUAUGUAUCUCUGAAGGACAUGGUGGAGCACAGGAAGACCAAGCUGGAGCAGCAGUACUGGAUGUACCAGCUCAACAGAGAGGUGGAGGAGUUAGAGAAGUGGAUCACUGAGAGGGAGGCCGUUGCCAGCUCCACUGAGCUGGGUCAAGACCUGGAGCAUGUCACGAUGCUACAGGAAAAAUUCACCAAGUUCUGCUCAGAGACCAACAGCAUAGGCCAGCAGAGGAUGGAGCAGGUGAAUAAGAUGGUGAAUGAGAUGAUAGACUGUGGCCAUACGGACGCGGCCACCAUAGCUGAGUGGAAGGACGGACUGAACGAGUCAUGGGCCGACCUACUGGAGCUCAUGGAGACCCGAAGACAGAUGCUGGCAGCAUCACACCAGCUGCACAAGUUCUUCACCGACUGCAAAGAGGUCUUGGCUCAGACUGCGGGGAAGAUGAGGCAGUUGCCAGAGGUGAGGGCGUGCCAAGCCAGCAUCGCCAACCCUGCCACCCUGCAGAGGCUCAUGCUCUCCUUCGAGCACGCCCUCCAGCUGCUCGUCUCACAGGUAAGGCAGCUGCAGGAAAAUGCGGCCCAGCUGAGGACCAUCUAUGCCGGAGAGAAGGCUGAGGCCAUCAUGAGCAAAGAGCAGGAAGUGAUGUCAGCAUGGAAGGAGCUACUGGUUUCCUGUGAGGCCAGUCGUGUGCAGGUCACCUCAGUGACAGACAAGGUGCAGUUCUUCUCGGUGGUGCGCGAGCAGCUCAUGUGGAUGGAGGGCAUCAUGGGACAGAUUGGAGGGGACGACCCCAGGGACUCGUCUUCUGCAGAGGUGAUGAUGAAACAGCAUGGUGAGCUGAAAGCCAAGAUGGAUGGCCGUAGGAAGACAAUACAGCAAUGUGUGGAACUGGGAAAGAUCCUGCUGGCCGCAGGCAACCCAGCCUCCGAGGAGAUAAAGGAGAAGUUGGAUGCGCUCCUGGCUAAGCAGAAGGAUCUCUCUGAGAGAUGGGACAAACAGCAGGAGAAGCUACAGCGCAAGAAGGAUCAGUUCCAGUAUGCCCAGGAGACGGUGAAGGCGGAGGCCUGGCUGAAGGCCAAGGAGCCCCUGAUUAGCUCCAGCUCCACCUCUAGGGAGGCUGGGGGGGCUGGAGGAGAUGGCCAGGCCCAGACUGAUGAGGUGGAGCAACUCAUCCUCCGCCACGAGGCCUUCCGCAAUGCUGCAGCCACCUGGAAGGAGCGCUUCAGCUCACUGAGACAGCUCUCCAAUGCAGAGAAGCUGAGAGAAGAACAGAGCAGCAAGCCUUCCCCAAUGCCACUCUCCAGUCGGAGGAUGUUCCCAUCAUCCUGUCUCACUCCGACCGUUCCUCUUGCUACCUCAACUCUGCUGAGACAGACGGUCCAGGUGCAUAUUGAGCCCAGGCCCAAGCAGACCAGUCUGGAGAUGUCUGCCUCUGCCUCCUCUGCAGCCCAAAGGUUGGGUUCUACCAUAGCCAGCUACGCUCCUGUCAUAAAUGGCUCUGGUUACCAUGGACUGGACCAUCAGAGCAGCAGCGGGGGAUUGGAGAGUUCCAACUACUCUGGACUGAACCAUCCGGGCGGUGGAGGAGUGGACAGCAGCUCUAGUUACCUUGGAGGGAACCAUCAGACUGGCCCCCCGCCAGUGGAUAGUUCUGGCUACCUUGGACUGAACCAUCAAAGCAGUGGGGGUAUGGUUAGUCCAGGCUACCUACCUCAAAACCAAAGUAGUGGGGGUGUGUGUGGUCCAGGCUACCUACCUCAAAAUCAAAGCAGUGGGAGUAUGGGUAGUCCAGGCUACUUGCCGCAAAAUCUAAGUAGUGGGAGUAUGGGUAGUCCAGGCUACCUGCCGCAAAAUCAAAGUAGUGGGGGUAUGGGUAGUCCAGGCUACCUGCCGCAAAAUCAAAGUAGUGGGGGUAUGGGUAGUCCAGGCUACCUGCCAAAAAAUCUAAGUAGUGGGGGUAUGGGUAGUCCAGGCUACCUGCCGCAAAAUCAAAGUAGUGGGGGUAUGGGUAGUCCAGGCUACCUGCCUCAAAAUCAAAGUAGUGGGGGUAUGGGUAGUCCAGGCUACCUUCCGCAAAAUCAAAGUAGUGGGGGUAUGUGUAGUUCAGGCUACCUGCCGCAAAAUCAAAGUAGUGGGGGUAUGGGUAGUUCAGGCUACCUGCCACAAAAUCAAAGUAGUGGUGGUAUGGGUAGCUCAGGCUACCUUGCACAAAAUCAAAACAGUGUUGGUAUGGGUAGCUCAGGCUACCUCGGGCAAAAUCAAAGUAGUGGGGGUAUGGGAAGUACUGGCUACCUUGCACAACACCAAGGUAGUGGGAGUAUGGGUAGUUCAGGCUACCUUGCGCAAAGUGGUGGGGGUAUGGGUAGUUCUAGCUAUCUGCCUCAAAGUGGUGGGGUCAUGGACCCCAAAAUGGCAUAUGCUUGGCAGCAUCUGAAAGCUGACUGCAUGCAGCCCAGUAUGAACCACAUGCACAAAGCUGUCAACCCCCUCCUGGAGGCCAGCAGGGCGCAGAGGGAACAGUUUGGGGACAUCCCCAUGGUGGACAUGAUCGGGCCAGAGUCUGGCCUGGAUCUCCUCCACGGCAGGCUCCAGAGGGACCCCCGCGGCAGCCGCUCCGACCCCCAGAUGGACCACCUGCGGCGGGAGAGGGAGUACAAGCUGGGUCGGCAGACCUCCAGUGAACAGGAGAUUCAGGCGCGGCUCAAUGAGCUGCCAAUGAUUGUGCGCCAGGAGCGCUAUAGGCGACGCCUGGAGAGGCAGUCGUCCAGCGAGCAGGAGGGCAGUGGGAAGGCGAGGACACCGAGGCAGGAUGACUCCAGUGACAUGGAGUCAGCCAAGGAAGGCUCCGACAAACGCUCAACAGAGAAGAGAGCCACCACCAUGGCUGAGAUUGUGGAGCAGGCCCAGGAGAGAGAGGCAGCACAAGCUCGAGGGGAGACGUACCGCCCCACCAGCAGCCUCUCAGCACCCGUGACCUACGAGCGCCCGCGCGCCCGAGACCGCCCCAAACCCCGCAGGAGACCCCGCCCCAAAGAGCCUGAGGAGAAGCGACGCUCUCGCUCGGCUCCGGCCCAGAGUCCGGCACAACUUCUUCCGCCCUCACACACUGCCCAUAACGAAGGCUUCCUGUACCGCAAACACGACUUUGAGGGCCACCAGAAGAGUCCCAGCAGUAAGUCCUGGGUGAAUUUGUAUUGCGUGUUGUCAAAGGGAGGGAUCACUUUCUACAAGGACGCCAAGAGCACCACCACACCUUACAAUGAAGAAACCCCACUCGACCUGAGCGUCUGUAUAUGUGAUAGCACCAUAGGAUACAAGAAGAAGAAAAAUGUCUUCGUUAUCAAGAAAAAUGAUGGCAAUGACUAUAUUUUCCAUGCAAAGGAUGAGGAGGACCUGAAGGCUUGGGUCACUAACAUCACCACCAGUAUAACUGAACACGAGGAGAUCGCCAAGUGGGACAAGCCCACCACCUCGUCCACAGAUCCCGACCGCUCGGAGAGGAAGGAGAAGUCUGAGGGCGACGCAGACGCCAGGUCAGAGAGGUCUGAGAUGGGAGGAGAGGUGGAGGAGGAGGAGAGGUCAGAGAAAGAGAGGUCUGAGAAGGGAGAGGGGUCCAAGAAGACGGGAGAAGGCUCAGAGAAAGCAGACACGUCGGAGAGGGGUGAGAGGGCAGAGGGAGGGGGAGGGGGCUCCAGCACGUCAGGGAAGAGCAAAUGAUCCCCGCUGAGUGGAGGAGUGGACUGGCAUCCAACCAUCUAAAGCCCCCCCCCUCCUAACUUUACCCUACGACACCAGACAGUGCUGAACAAGAGAGACGGAGGGAGAUGUGUACAUUUUUGUGCAUAUCUUCUCUCUUUUUCUCUCUCUAUAUCUCUCUGUCUCUCUCUGUGACAUCCUGAGGCUUGGGUCCUAAUGUUAACUGUGACUGACUGAUCUUUCAGCCCCUCCCUAUCCCCCUGGCAAAAUACAUCAAUACUUGCAUUGCAUUGUGGCCCUUGCUGGUAGGUUGGAGGAUAGGGGAGAUUAACCAGCGCCACUGUGUGGUCACAGGCAUUUGUCACAGUCACGACUCAUUGAUCAUUUAUCUCUUGGAUUCACAGCAUCUCUCAGUAUAUAUAUAAUAUACCUAUGACUGACUAUGUAAUGCUCUGUCUAAAACAACCCAAGCAGUGGUGAAUGAAAUGUCUCACAAUAUUUUGAAAAAGCUUUUUUCUGAAGCAAUAUACUUUUUUAUUUCUUCUCUUUGUUUGAGAGAGAGUGAAAGGAGACAAGAAACAGUUGCUUAUUAAUUCUAUGAUUGUUCACAUUCAUCAUCAGCUUGUUUCCGGCAGGUCAGCAGCACCUUAAACACUUCCAACACGUCUGUGUAUACUCAGCAUAUUGACAUUCCAAACCCACCUCAUCGCUAUCUCUGAGUCAUGUUGUCAUGAUGGAAUGCUAGUAUUACCUACUUGUGUUAAUAAUUGAAUUGAUCAACACAUGAUUCUCUUCUGAACUCUUGGAUUAAUCAUGUACAGGCCCAUGCCAUGCCAGGAAUAAAGGUGAAAUAGUGUUGCCAA